AUGACCCAAAAGCAAAUAUUUUUAGUAUUUGAGCAGUAUCAAAAAGCUAGACUUCAAUUUAUUCAAUCCCUUUCUGAUUUGGCUAAUAGACCACAAAACAUAAAUCAUUUAAUAAAAUAUGAUGUUAUAUCAAAACUUGGUCCAUUACUCAACGAUUCUAUACCUACCAUUCAACAAAUAACAGCAAUUGUUGUAGGAAAGAUUGCAAGCUUUUCCAAGGAGUGUGCUGAAAUGAUAAUGAAAGCUAAUUUGAUUUCAAUUAUGAUUAGUUCUACUGGAAUGGAGACUAGGUUCUAUAAAAGAUCUGCCCUUGUAGCAUUACAAUCUACGAUCAAACAUUCUCCAGAGUUAGCAUACGCCGUCAUCCGAUGUGAUACACUAAAUGUUAUUAACGCUUGCUUGGAAGAAUUCGACCACUGUGUCAAAGAAAAUGCAGCUCUUUGCCUAAGUGGCAUAGCCCGGCAUGGCGAAGAUCUCUCUCAAUUGAUAGUUGAUUCUGGAAGUUUGCCUCUUCUCAUUAUCUGCUUACAGGAACCAGAUCUAAAUCUUAGACGCGCAGCUGCCUGUGUCCUUGGCGAUAUAGCUAAACACUCCAUUAAUCUUGCCCAGAAUGUGGUCGAUGUUUCUGGAAUUUGGAAUCUAGUAAAACAAAGUACGGAGACUUGUCCUAAGCUGCAAAAACAAGUUUUUGCCUCACUCGCCCAAUUAGCUAAGCACACACCAGAUUUUGCUGAAUUGAUAUUAGAAGCUAGUAUAUUCCCUCAAGUUCUAAUUGCUAUGAAAGAUAAAGAUAUGUCUCUUCGAAAGGAGGCCGCUAAUUUAGUUAAAGAACUCACAAAACACACUUUCGAAAAUUGUCAAGUGGUUGUAAAUUCAGGAGCAAUUUCGGCUUUAGUUAGUUUUCUCGAAGAAGCCAAAGGAGGCCUGGCUAUUCCUGGAAUAAUGGCACUUGGAUAUAUUUCAGCACAUUCUGAUGUUCAGGCCCUGAACGUUCUCAAAGCUCAUGCCUUGGUUCAGUUGAAAAACAUUCUUCAAGAAGAGAAAGAUGAAGUAAAGUCAGCAGCAAUUUGGGCUAUCGGGCUAAUUGGUCGACAUAGCGCAAACCAUGCAAAUGCAGUUUCAGAAAUGGGUCUCCUUCCAAUUGUACUAUCCAAUUAUCUAAACCAAGAAAGUUCAGAGUGUCUGAAAGAAAAGUGCAAGCGGUGUCUGAAACAAGUCCUAGAAAAAUGCAUCGACAUGGAAGCCCUACAAGCAAUUCUCUACAAUUCACCUCCAAAUAUUCUCAAAUACGUUGUGGCGCAGUUUAGCAAACUUUUGCCUCGAAAUGCCAAAGCCCGUCGUGAUUUUGUGUUGAGUGGAAGUCUUCGAAAGAUCCAGGAAAUCGAUGCGGAACCUGGGUCUGCUCUGAGUCUCCAUAUAGCUGCAAUCAAUAACUGUUUUCCUGAAGAUGUAGUCAAGUUCUACUCUCCCGGUUACCCGGAGAUGCUACUUGAACGAGUCGAAGCAUAUGAACAAGAAGCCAAUUAA